AUGUCAGAGUCUUUACGAAAAAGCAGUAUCACACCAAAUAUACACUUGUGUGAAUCGACGCUUGACUUUGGUCCGGUCUAUACAUUUUGGAUUUAUAUCCUUGAGAGGUACAAUGAUAAGUUAAAAAAAAUGAAUACACACUACCCCGAUGGUCUUGAGAUGACAUUAAUGAGCGUUCUCCUGGAUAUGGCGUCCACCGACACUUCUCUCCGUGUGUAUUCCACUAAUCCUUCGCUCCAUAUGAUAAAAUCUCCCUUAGGCGUUGCGCAAUGUAUUGAUAAUGGACAUCCUCCUGCUUUGCCAUUCAGCCUCCCGAUGUUCCAGCAAGUCGUCAACAACCCAUUAUAUAAUGUAAUCGGAAGACAGCUGACAACAUCUCUAAAUUCCCUGGUCAGAAUGAGUAUAUAUUUACUCGCCAUCAAGAUUGGCGGAAUCAAAAGUGUCAACGUUUGGUUUUUUAAAAUGAUUUACGACAUGCCAUUCUGUCAGAAAUAA